AUGCAGAACACGAUACAUAAGAGCCGCUGCUGAGUUCCGCGAACUCUGCAACGUCCGCUACCCUCGUCUGUCAUCCAGGAUGCCUUUGGCAAUGCGCCACUCCAACCACAGCUGCCUGUUACCAGCUCUGAGCGUGCUUCUUGUGACCUUUGCCUUGGUAAUUGCCCAUUCCGUCCGCCGUCGCAACAAGCAAUAUCGUCUAUCCUAUCCCCCUGGUCCACCUACGUGGCUCGGCAUUAAAAAUCUCUUAUAUGUACCGAAAGGCCCCAAACACAUCGAAUAUGCACGAUGGUCUCGAAAAUACCACAGCGACGUCGUUUCGUUCUCUGUUCUAGGUUCCCGGACAGUCGUCGUCAACUCCGCGAAGGCCGUCAAGGCCAUUUUCGAGCAGCGCUCUUCCAUCUAUUCCGACCGCCCACAUUUCGAGAUGUUAUUCCUGAUGGGAUGGGAUUGGAGUGUCGGAUUCAUGCAUUACUCAGACUAUUGGCGGGAUCAUCGCCGGCUCUUCCAGACUCAUUUCCGAUGGGGAAGCAUCCAUCGUUAUUACCCCGUUCAACAGUCUCUCGUUAGGGGUCUCUUGAAGGACUUUUUGAAACAUCCGAAUGACGUGUUUCACUUGACCAAGCACUAUGGAGCUACCUAUCCAAUCAAACUCGCUUAUGGACACGAUAUCGAUACCGAUGCCGAGAAAUAUAUGCAGACUGAAGAGCAGGCCGUCAUCAUGCUUGGGAGCGUCCUGUUUCCGGGCUCCGUGUUAUUGAAUGUCUUCCCUUUCUUGAAACACUUCCCGAAGUGGUUCCCAGUAGUGAAUGGGUUCAAGACAUACGCCGAAAAAUCGAAGGUUCUUACCGACAUGCUGCUGAAAGGACCUUUUAGUACGAUUACAACCGCCAUGACAUCACGUCCUGCUUCACCCUCUUUGUUAAAUUCACUUCUACAACGGAAAACGGAUCAUGGAGCCAUCACCGAGGAUGAAAAGCUCAUCCGUAGCUUCACUGCUAACGUGCAUGUCGCUGCAGCUGAUACAUCCAUGUCAGCGCUCACCAGCGCUAUUCUAGCACUUCUACUCCAUCCGCACGUCCAGGCGCGGGCCCAACGCGAGAUCGACGAGGUGGUUGGACGGGAUCGUCUUCCGGAUUUCUCCGAUCGCCCACGGCUCCCUUUCAUCGAUGCAAUCUGCCGGGAGGUGUUGAGAUGGAAUGUAAUCCUGCCGAUGGCAAUCGCUCAUGCGAGUGUACGAGACGAUGUGUACGAUGGUUACUUCAUCCCGAAAGGCUCGACUGUCGUGGGCAACGUUUGGGCCAUUCUUCACGACCCAGAGACCUACCCGGAUCCCGAAAGGUUCAUGCCUGAGCGUUUUAUCACUGAAAAUGGAACACUCUCGGAUGACGACGUUCCAUAUGCCUUCGGAUUCGGAAGACGAGUCUGCCCAGGACGAUAUCUCGCGGGCGCAUCGAUCUGGUUCUUCGUCGCAUCUAUCCUAUCCGUAUAUAACAUCGUACACGCAAAGGACGAGAACGGAGACGAUAUCCCGGUGGAUCCGAAGUACGUCGGUGACGACGUCAGCCACCCCAUGCCAUUCCCAUGUGCAGUACAACCGAGGGACGAACUCGCAAUGAAAAUGAUAAUGGAAGCUACUGUCGACACUCCUUAAAUAUUUACAUGUUCCGUACGAAC